CUGAAGCUAAAAUCCAAGAACUUGAAAGUCAAGGUUUAGUUUUAUUACAGACAGCUACAAUCCAGCAACAUGCAAUAGAAUAUCAAGCCAGUAAUUUGACCCAGCAAUUAGAACAAACUCAGGAGGAGAAAACGAAUUUAAUAUCCACGCUUGUUAAGAAGACACAGGACGUGCAAACCUUAGAAACAACGAUACGCAAAGUUGAGUCCGAGCAUACAUCGGUAAGGACGAAGCUAGUUAAAGACAAGUCUAAACUCCAACAGGAGGUAGAAAAGCUAAAACAGAGGGAAGCUCAACUUCUCCAAGAAGGAACCGUUCUUUUGAACAAGUAUAGCAUUACUCAAGCCGAACUAGAAAAGUUACAAUCAGACCACAAAACUCUUGAGGCAAAAAGCUUAGACCAAGAAAACGAAAUUCAGAUUCUACAAACAGAACAGAAAAAGCUAAUCUUAAACGUAGCGGACAAAGAAAACGAAAUAUCCCAACUAAAGGAAUUUAUUAACGAAAGACAAAUAAGGCUACAUCUACAUCAGCAAGAACAAUUAGAUUAUACGACUAAAAUUGCUACAAUUCAGUCAGAAAACAAUCAACUUAAGCACAAUUUGAACAUUAGCCAGAUUAACGAAACAACCUUACACGACAACCAAACUAAGCAAAUAAUAGAAAUAUCAACAUUACAGACAGCUAAUCAAUCGUUAGAAGACAAAUUUAGAAGGCUACAACAAACAAUCGCGGGAGCCGCAAGCACAAACGAGUUAGAGAUAGCACAACACACCUUAGCCAUACAGAAUAGAAAGAUUGUGUCCUUAGAAAACGAAUUAACGGAGCUGGGACAAGCGCUCCAGUUAGCGAGCCAAGCAGCGGAGCGAGCAGCUAAGCUGGAUACCGAAAACAAUUAUCUUAGAGGAAACAUAGAACAACUAAAUAGAAACAACCAGACACUAUUAGAACAACUAGCACAACCAGCUAACACAAUUGACACAACUAACGAAGCACCUAGAAUGGCAGCCAACGAUGAUAUACGAGCAUUAGCAGUAGCCAUUACGCGUAGAGACGAAACACAGAACAUCCCUAUUUAUAGUGGCAACGUGAAUGAUCAACCAAUAGGGGUAUGGUUGAGAGAUGCGGAGGCGAUAGCAACGAUUCACGAAUGGCCUAGGGAAUCCACCAAAAAGAUUUUAGCCACAAGGUUAAAGGGAACAGCAUUGCAGUGGCAUAUCGAUAGGCUACGAGUAGCACCGAGAGAAUCUUAUACCGACUGGCGGAAUGCAUUAAAAGAUCAUUUUAAACACCCAGCAGAUAGAGCAAAACAGAAGUCCAAGUUAUUAACGGUAAAACAAUCCCCUAACCAACCAGUUAGGCAUUUUAUAGACAAAAUAACGCAGGCUUAUAACGCAAUCUAUAAAGAAGGAGACGAAGAGCAAUUUCAAAGUGCGGAACUCACAGCUCUUAAAGACGACACUCUGAUUAAAAUGCUAUUAGAUGGACUACUUCCACCAAUUAAAACAAUUCUUUUCCACAAUAAGUACCCAACCACCGCAAAUUGGCAAAAUUUUAAGCAAGCUGCUCUGGAGGCUGAGGAAAUUGCUUAUAACACACAAGCACUAGAAGUUAAACCAGUUUUCAAAUUAGAUAUAUUAAAACCAACUAGAGACAUAGAAGCCGAAUUAAGCCAGACAAAGUUGGAAUUAGAAAAUCUAAAGAAUAAUCUAACUAAAUUGAAUCUGUCAGGUACAACAUCGAAAACAGGACAAGAACGAUCUUUAAGCAAUAUUGACACUUACAAGCAAGUAGAAACCGCCGAGCAACAGAUAAAAGCAGCUUUAGAAACAAACAAACAACUUCAGACAGAAACAAAAGAAACAAAAGAGAUCCUUGAAAAAACCUUAACAGAAAAAAUCGCCUUACGAAGAAGUCUGAUAGAUAUUACUACAAAGAAUAAAAAUCUUGAAACAGAAUUACAAAAAAUCAACGCACAGACAAUAGACCAAGAAGAAAAGAUUAAGUAUCUGGAGAACAGGAUAAGAGAAUAUAGAAAGCAACAGGUAACAUUCGCUGAAACCGAAGACUUAGACAACUCCAACGAACCAGGAGAGAUAACGAAAUUAGUAAGUGAGAUAAACGACCUAACCUCAAUAACAGAAGGAGACAAAUCCCUUCACUUCGAGUUAGAAUCUGAACAAGUUGAAAAACUACAGCAACUCAACAACGACCUACAGAACCAAAUCGAGAUCCAAAACAACAACCUUCUUCAACUAGAGCGAAAGUACCAAACUCUCAAAAACAAAAUCGAAAUGGGACUUUCACACAAAGAAGCUUCAAGAAUUGACCGCGACACAACAGAUACCGAUAGCCUUGAUACAUCCACAACCCAACCAAUUGUAAAAGCAUUAGGAGAAUUAUUUUCCAGAGAAGACAAAAAGUCAAUUCCAAUCUUCAAAGGGAAAAGUACUGAUAAACUAAUAACAGAAUGGCUGAAGGACGCCGAACAUGUCGCACGCAACAACGACUGGGACGACAACCAAAAAAUACGAUUCUAUUGA